UAUAUAUACACUAUAUAACAGUAGUAGUGUUAAUUGAGUAAAUCCGACAAGAAAUCACAAAAUGUUACGUCCAGUGUGCCACUUUUAAGAGAUUUAUUCAGCCAAUUUGACCAACAUUUGCAUGCCAAUAUGGAGAGAGCGAAAACAUUUUUUGGGAACAGAGAUCAUGACGGUUACGUAGGGAAAGAAGAACAUUUAAAAGUGAUUGAUGCAGCUGGUGCGGAGGAUGAUGGCGAUUUCACGGAUAUGGUUGAAGGUUUAACAAUGAAUGAUGCCAUUCAUCCAUCGCCAGGGGGUGCAUUUUCUGCACUUACGCCUUCAAUGUGGCCUCAAGAUAUUUUAGCUAGAUUAACACAACCAGAGUCUGAAGAUCCAAACAAUCAGCCUGACUAUCGAUUCGAUGAAUUUGGCUUUAGAGUUGAGGAAGAAGAUGGACCAGAACCUAGCUCAAAUAAGCUGUUAAGCACACCGUUCUCCGAAGACGAACAACAGCGCCAGCAAUGGAUUGCACAUUUAGAAUUUUCGCAUAAUAAAGAAGCAAGUGAACUAUUAUGGGAUAAUGUGGCUGUUUCAUUGCCACGAACUAAAAAACUUCGAAAUUUAGUUCGAGCCGGUAUCCCGAAUUCAUUAAGGGAUCAAAUUUGGAUGAGAUUAUCGGGAGCAUUGCAGAAGAAAAUGAAUUCCGAAACUACCUAUCAUGAUAUAGUGAAAGCGUCCAGUAACGAUCAACUUAUGACAUCGAAACAGAUUGAAAAAGACCUACUGAGGAUAAUGCCGACAAAUCAAGGCGGAUUGGUCGGUAAUCCAGAAGCAACAGCCAAUCUACCAAAACAACAAUUGUCUCGGCGACAAGUGAAAAAGUCAAAGUCAAUGCUACAAACAUUACUUUUUGGAGGCGAUAGUUCGAACGACGAUGACGUUCGAAACAAAAACAUUCGUCAGACUGAAAUUUUAGUCGAUUUACGUGAAUCAAUUUUAAAAGUAUGCCGUCAUUUUCUAACAAUCGAACCGAAAUUAAGUGCGCAUAUAAAUCAAGUGGCCGAUUAUUCAACCGAUAGUCAUGCAAAAGAUCAUGAGAACUUCAUAAAUGUGUCACGAAAUCGAAAGCGAAGAGCGAAGGCUUUGCACGAUUUCGAACGGAACGAUGAUGAUGAAUUGGGAUUUCGUCGAAAUGACAUCAUUACCAUAGUUAGUCAAAAGGAUGAACACUGCUGGAUAGGCGAAUUGAAUGGUCUAAGAGGCUGGUUCCCAGCAAAAUUCGUAGAGUUGCUCGAUGAACGCAGCAAACUGUAUACGUCAGCUGGUGAUGAUGCGAUAAGCGAAACGGUCACUAAUCUGGUGCGUGGAACAUUGGCACCGGCUAUUAAAUCCGUAUUGGAACAUGGCAUGAAGCGUCCCUCAUUUUUGGGUGGUCCAUGUCAUCCUUGGCUUUUUAUAGAAGAAGCAGCCACAAGGGAAGUGGAAAAAGACUUUGAUUCAGUCUAUAGUCGUCUAGUUUUGUGCAAAACGUAUCGAUUAGAUGAAGACGGAAAGGUUUUGACGCCCGAAGAGCUCCUAUAUCGCUGUGUACAGUCGAUAAACCAAAGCCAUGAUGUUGCUCAUGCCCAAAUGGAUGUUAAACUACGUUCGUUAGUUUGUCUUGGUUUAAAUGAACAAGUGUUACAUUUGUGGUUUGAAGUGUUGUGCUCAAAUAUGGAAAUCGUCCAAAAAUGGUAUUAUCCAUGGAGUUUUGUUAAUUCACCGGGUUGGGUGCAAAUCAAAUGCGAACUCCGUUUAUUGGCUCAAUUUGCGUUCAAUUUAAAUCCAGACUGGGAAUUGCCACCGAAAAAAGGAAUUGAAAGUCAACCGUUGAAAGACGGUGUGCGUGAUAUGUUAGUCAAGCAUCAUUUAUUCUCAUGGGAUCUAUGAAAGAAACAUUUUCUUAUGAACUUUAUUCGAUACAAUUUUUAAUUCUUUCUAAUCUCUCCUAUCUUUUAUCAUACAAUGUCGAAUGCAGCUAUUUAUCAAAGUAUUAUAAGGUAAUAAUUUAUUACUAAUAGCAGCACGCAUUUUUUCGUUCAUAUAUUUCAGUCAUCAAUUGUAUAUUUAAGUUC